UUUGGAAUCCAUUGAUCACCGAUUGUGUGUACGUUCUGAUCCAAGAAGCAAAUUUUACUGUUCAAUCCUUUUGUUGAGGCUUGCAGAAAAACAGGUUAAUCUAUCUUUUGUUCACAUGCCUUGCUACCUAAUUUUACAUGAGCUUGCUUCACGGAUGUACAUAUUUUUCUUUAUCCUGUAAUGUUGACAGGCUCAUUUUUCUGGUAGUGAAGAAAUGAGAGGAAGUGGAAGGAUAUAAGGUAGCUUCUGCAGAAUCCAAUAUACUUGGAGUCCACAUCCAAGAUCAAAGCAUCUAGCUCUGUUCACUCAGGUUCUCAGGAGUAUCUCACAAAUGAGUCAUCAUAGGUGAGAGAUGUCUCAUCCAGCCGGACGAUAUUAUUGACCAUUUAAUAGCAGCUGACCAACAGUUUUGGUAAUUAGAGAAGAAGACAAUUCCACAGAAGCAAAGCCAGUGCAUUGGUAGGGGGCUAAAUUAGCAGGCAUGCUACCUAUACUAAAUACAUGUUGUGCUUCAUCUCCCUUCUGUCCUUCUAUGUAUUGAACUCAUUGGCAUAUGAUGUAACCUGUUAAUAUUCUUAAUGAAAUCACCCAUAAUGGGCAUUUUUCUUAAAUAAAAGAUUACAGUAUACCAUGACUAAGGCUUCAUAAAGGAUUGUGUCUCCCUUGGUGUUAUUUGCAACAGCUGAGUAGCUCCGGAGAGUGUCAACGUAUGUGCCCAAACUCAGUAGAACAAGCACUAACGAUAGCAGAACUUGAAAAAUCGAGGAGAUGGCUCAUGGCUGCUCUCAGCAUAUAGUUCAAAGGUUCACUAUCCAAUGAUGCUAUUUAUGUUUAGGGUACUUAUUGUAUAACUGGUUAUAACAGAUAUGUUGUUUUAUGAUGACAUAUAUUUAGGAAAGAACAUAUUCAAAUAGAGAAAUUUUGCUGUGUUAGAUUUUUAUUAUUACCAAGUAUACGAGUUUGCUCUAUCUGGUUGUCUCAAAGUAUAACAGUUAUACGAGAAUAUGAUAAUCAAUUGCAUGUUUGUGAAGAACAGAGCCCUGUAAGUGCGGCAGUAUGGCCUCUUUCUAGAGACAUACUUGACUGCUUAUUAAGUUGUGGGUUGUUUUUUGACAGAUAUAUUUUCUCACUUUCUUACAACAACUUAGUCUCCAGUUAUUGUACAAGUCUGGUGCGCAAGUGUUGUUUCGUUCCAUCUUCAGUUUGAUUAUUGUUUUUUUUUUUGGCGAGAAAAUUUCUGAUCUACUCAUCAACUGUCAAGGCAGUACAAUUCCUAUUUUUAUUUUUUAAACAGGGUUCCUAGAUCAAAUUGUCUGGGCUGGGACAAGAAAAGGAACAUGCUCUUGACUGAGCGCGGGCCGCGGAGAUGGUGAGGAUGCCGAGCUGUCUGCGGCAUGGUCGUUGCUCCUCUGGACUUGGUAGGAGGAGUGAGGAGGUCGAUCCAUCCUCGGCUUCGUCGUCGUCGUGCAUCCGUCAAGAGAUGCUCGCGCGCCGGGAGACGAAUCCACAUCUACUCCUGCUCGACUGCUUCCAAAUCGAGUGACGCAUGCUUCUGCUUGCUAUGGAGGCCGCUGCUCUGAUCCGCUCCAACUGCCAGCGAUGUUCCUCCUCAAGGUCAAGGUUGGUACCCAUAUUUGCUUCAGUUUGCUCUUCCCCCUCUCACUUACCUUCCCUCUCAUGCAUGCGCUUGGUUUCUUCCUCACGCAGGCAGGCUGGGUGGGCUCCUCGUCGGCGUCGGCUUUCCCUGCCUGCCACUGCUUUCUGAUGGAGCGGACCUUUGGAUGCUCCUGUGCCUCUGGUGGUGGGCUAGGGUGGAACUGCUCUGUUGGAUCCUUACCUUUCUUUUGCAGUGACACUGAAUGGUUUGGCUGGUCCACAACACAGUCUCAGGGAUGGAUGGUCAAGUUGUAUAUGGCUUCCACCAUUUACGAGAUGAAAAGCCAUAUCUUGCUCAAGGACCAGUUGCAAAUAAGGGCAGUUAAAGAGUGGAUGCCCAACUGCUCUGAUGUAGGCCGCUCCGAAUCAAUUAUCCGAUAUAUGGCGUCUCUUGAAGGAUUCUCAGUGGUCUCAUGCCUCUCUGUCAGGAUUCUCCCAAUUUGAAAGAGGUACACAAACGUUACUUUCUUUGUCAGGGUUUGUCUACAUUUAUCUUUAAGGCUACAACCUGGAGUCUCAUGGGGGUGUGAAGAUGAUACCUAAGUAAUCUAGGGCAUUGCUUUGUUAGGGGUUCACUUAUGUACAAGAAUGGCAUGUUCUUUCUUGUGUAAUAUAUCGUGGUUUUUUUCUGCUCAACACCAUCUAGACUAUGUAUCACUGUAACCUGCUUUAUGGUUUGGACCUGAGCGCUGGAGCAUGGUGCUGGACAGGGAACGAGUCCCUAAGACCGCUCUUUGGAAUUCCAAUAUAGAUGAAGAUAGAAGUGAAAUUUGAGGGCCAACAAAUAUGUUGUAUCGUGGAUGUCCCCCUUUACAUCAUUGUUUUAUGAAAUGCACUAAUGCUCCUGAAAG